UGUCAAACUUACGUCCAGUUCUGUUUCAUAUUUUGAGAUUUUUAUGGUUGCGUCGUGACAUAUUGAGGAUUAUGGACUGUGGAACAGUAGAUACUAAGGAAUCAGUCAUGCAUGUUUCGUCCCCUGAGAAUUGUGACAUUGACAUUUUAGAGAAUGGAAGGACCGUCAAAGAUGUCAUAGACAAUAAAAUAAAAGAGCUUGGUUCUAUGGACAAUGAAGAGCCAUUCUACGUGGCAAAUCUAGAUAGCGUGUAUAAGAGGCACCUCAGAUGGCUUACUAACUUGCCUCGAGUCAAGCCUUUCUAUGCAGUGAAGUGCAACAACACAGCAGCAGUUUUGAGGCUGAUGAGUGCUCUGGACACAGGUUUCGACUGUGCCAGCAAGGGUGAGAUCCAGAUGGCCUUGUCCUUCGGAGCGACACCUGAUAAAAUAAUUUACGCACAUACAACCAAACCACUGUCGCACAUCAAAUAUGCCUGUGCUCAUGGAGUAGAUAUGAUGACUUUUGAUAGUGAGGAUGAACUCCUUAAAGUGUCUCGUUGUCACGCCAAAGCCAAACUGGUACUCCGCAUCGCAGUGGAUGACUCCAAGUCGCUGCUAAAACUCAGUUCAAAGUUCGGAGCCAGACUGGUGUCAGUCGGGAAGCUGCUGGAACGUGCUGGAGAGCUGGGCUUAGACGUCAUAGGGGUCAGCUUUCAUGUAGGCAGCGGUUGCACUGGAGGUUCGACGUUCAAACAGGCCAUUGCAGAUGCCAGACAUGUCUUUGACAUAGCGAAUUUGCUGGGAUUCCAGAUGAGACUCUUGGAUAUUGGUGGAGGAUUUUCUGCGAUUGGGGACUUUCAAGAGAAAUUUGAAGAGUUUUCAGAAGUGAUUAAUGGAGCACUGGAUGAAUUCUUCCCGCCUGACAGUGGGGUGCAGAUUAUUGCAGAGCCGGGCCGGUACUACGUGGAAUCAGCCUUCACACUGGCAGCGAACGUCAUUGCCAAAAGAAUAGUCAGUGAUGAUGUGGAUGAACAUAGCGACUGUCAGGAAAACAGCCCUGGCAGAAUGAUGUACUACCUUAACGAUGGAGUGUUUGGCUCCCUGAGUUGCAUUGUCCAUGACCCUGCUCACCCCAACUGUGAGCCAUAUCUUCACAGGGUUGUUGAGAGCAGCGAGCGGAGAUACCGGUCUGUUAUCUGGGGUCCAACCUGCGACAGCUUUGACAAAGUAAUUGACAACUACUGGAUUCCUGAGUUGCGUGUGGGGGACUGGCUUCUCCUCGACAACAUGGGCGCUUACUCUGUCAGUGCAACGUCUGACUUCAAUGGCUUUGAAAGAGCGCACAUUUACCCUGUUGUGACCGCUGAGACCUGGCACGCCUUAAACCUUUCUCACACCUUCAACAUCCCUUAAUGAUCUGGUAACACUUCUGUUUGACAACAGCGCAAUACUUGUCCUCUUAUGAAUAUUUUGUAAUGUAAAUUAAUAUCUCUGCACCUGCGAUCCACCAUAGGAUAAUUUUCUUCCAGUUUAAAAUGACAUUUGUGAAUUUUUGUUAUAUAAUCAUCCACUGUAGAGUUUCUGUCUGAGAGAAUUAGAUUACUUACUAACUAGAUUUUAUAUUUAAUUGUUUAAAAAUAAAUACACCAUCUUUAACCACUAUGAUUUUUUGUGAGGGUCUGAUGUGAACAUUAGGGAUAUCCCAACAAGUUUACUUGGCCCAGAUCCAGAUCUGAAGCCUUUCAUUUUUGUAUAUGUCGAUACUGAGUCCGAUUCGAUAUUGAGUAGUUUUAUUGAGGAUUUUAUAUAAGUAUGUAGCUUCCACACACACACACACACACACAUCCCACAACCCCAUUGUAAACUGUCCCCUGUAGCGUUUAGUCAAAUACUGUUUUUUAUUAGUAUGUUUUAUGUUCUUUGUGUUCAUAAGCUCUGUUUAUGUCUGUCAGAUAGUCUUUGUAUACUGUAUGUUACAUGUCUCUUACACUCAACUGGGUUAUGUAAGGUUUGUGGGUUUUUGUAAUCAUUUGUAUAACACCUAUGGCAAAACUUAAUACAUAAAAUAAAAAGAGUAUAGGCUCUAAAUGAAUGACCCAACCUGAUAUCAUCUUAAUGCACAGUAACUGAGAAUUGUUUAAAAUAAUAGUCACUUAAACUGUUCCCAAGUCUUUCUAAAAUCAUUUCCCUGGUCGGCGAGGUAAAAUUAACAAAGUUUCUGAAAUCAUAUUCAGAAACCGUAUCUCACUCAAAACACCAUGGAUGGAUUUUUUUUCAAAGUUUGUAUCCUGUUUUUUUCAUAAUAUGGGCACUUUAAUGUGAUGGCUUGUGUUAACUAUUUGAUACAAAAAUACAAUUUUUACGAAGGUUUGAAGAGUUAAACAAGGUUUAUUAGCUUUUGCAAGAGAACUACACUGUUUUGCUGAUUCGGUGAAAGGUUUUCUGUUUUGUGUGUAGAGUUUUGCAAAAAUAGGCAAUAGUUAAAAAAA